AUAGAACUACGAAGGUUCUAGGGCCUCUCUGUAAUACCCAAAGCCAUAUUAGUCAACGAGGCCCAUAUAAAUAAAGUCGUAGAACAAUAAUUUUGAGAACGGUAACGGAGUAACAGAGGAGAUUGAGAUGAUGUCGGCGACGGCGAGUCACGGGGGAGUGAUGAUGCUUCCGUCACCAUCCGGAGCGUUGCAGCAUCAGCGACCACCGACCGUAACUGGAUCGGAUAUGUUCCGCGUAAGACGAAAGGAACCGAGAGGGUUGAGGCUGGUGGUUGCGGCGACGGCGAAGUACAAGGGGACGAAGAUGAGGGAGGAGAAGCUAUCGGAGAUGAUAGAGGAGAAAGUGAAGGAAGCGACGGAGGUUUGCGAGGCGGACGUGAGAUCGGAGGAGUGUAAAGUCGCGUGGGACGAAGUGGAAGAGGUGAGCCAAGCCAGAGCAGAUCUGAGGAUCAAGCUCAAGUUCCUGAACCAGGACCCGCUCGAGAGUUUCUGCCAAGAGAAUCCUGAGACCGACGAGUGUCGUAUCUACGAAGACUGAGGAAAGUGACCGGAGAUUGAGUACUUCUCGUGUUCUGUCUUUUCGUAGAAUUUUAAUAUUUUUAUCUCGAUGUGAUUAUUUGGGACUAUAUGCUAACAAUAAGAGGAGUAGUAAUAUCACAUUUGUUAUACGGUUGGACAUGAAACAGAGUUAUUCUAAUUAA